AUGAACACAAACAUACCAAUAGGCAAUGAUGAAAUAACUCAAAAGAUGUCUCCAUUGACACCAGAAACCAUUGUACAAACAAAUGUCCUACAAGCGAUUGAAAUUGGGAAGAAAUUCCUUCAGAGAGAGAAAGACUCUGACAAAACGAUAGGAUCAAACAUACCUACAAUAGCACAUAAUCCAACGGAUGCCGAAACCGUAGUAUGUUCAUUAGUGGAUGCAUUGACCAACUCAUCACAACACAUCCAACAACUAAAAUUCAAAAAUCUGAUGCUAAGUGGUACCAAGAGUAAUAUAGAAUCAAGACACGAAGUGGAAGGCAAUUUACAAAAACAUGAAUAUGAACGUAUAAAGACACAGAUGCUUCAUGAGAGACAAAAUAUGAUACAAAAUUUAAAUACCUCUAACAAUAAAGUUCAAAAAUAUAAGAAACGAAUUGUAGAGAAAAACAGAGAAAUUAAUAAAUUACUGAAACUAUUAAAUGAUCAUUCCAUUGAUGUCACACAAAUAGAAUUAUCUUCUAUCGAACCAUCUAGUACAUCAUCAAUUAGGGUAAAAUCUCCUGAUGAUAUAUCCAAAAACCGUAAAGCUGACAUGUUAAAAGCACUGGGAGCUUUAGCUACGCAAGUACUUAAUGAUGAUACCGAAGAUGGAUCAAUUAACCAAACUUAUAUUCAGAGUUCAAUGCGUGCUGAAGAUGAAAACAUCACUGAGGCCGAAAUAUCUGUAUACCAACCAUACAAUCAUGCCAACCGCAAUAACGAAACCCAACAAACAACUAGUUCAAAUGUAUUAUUGCAUAAAUUUAGUAAUGGACCAAUCCUACCUGAAAUUAAGAACAAUAGCCAAUUAACACCUGUUGUGUUACCAAAAAUGAGGAGUUUUAGCACAAUUGACAAUAAUGCAAAGAAACUAUAA